GAAGUUUUAGAGUCGUGUGUGGCGCGUGAAGUGGAAAUAUCUCCCGUGACCCUACCAAGGAACAGUUUACGUUUCUGUUUGUUGUGAAAUAGAAUCGAUAUGGUUGUUGGCACAAAUUCAGUCCUUGAACGAUUGACCCCCACACUGUGUCACCAUCUCAAGUGAACCCUAUCAUGUGGGGUGUCGUAGCAAAGCUUGUGAGUCGAAUAUUGCUGUAGUGAGUAAAAUAGAUAACGAAAGUGGACGGAAGACGAGAAAAACGACGGAAAGUGAGGUGGUGUCUAGAAAGAGUUUACCGGCCGACAAAGGACGCAAGGCCUGAUGGGACGCCAGCUGAUGGAUGUUCCAGAGAUUUUUUAAUGGUCCGGAAGUGCAUAAUAAUAACUUUUUUUACUUAAAUAAACAAAUAAUUUUAAUGUGAAAAAUAUAACUGUGAUUAUUAAGAAUAUAACGGAUAUAUAGAACGCGUAGAGAAGUGAAUAUGAAGAGAUAUAUGUGAUAACGCUGGGAGUCUUUCCGCCAUUACGAAGUCUGUCAUGAUACUGUUAAUGAGUUUGUUGUGUGUACUUGAGGGGCAAAGAUCUUAAAGUGGAAAUAAAAGAAAAUAUUGAGCUAAUAACACUUGACAGACUGUGUUUAGGAAAAGUGAAUAGUUGAUGCUAUGGAAAUAGAAAGUGAGUUUCCCUGAUCAGUGAUGAAAAGAACAAUGAUUUGAAAUAUAUUGAUUUAGAAAAGUUUUCUGGGAGUCACCAGGAAUGAGAACUUUUAUAGUGUAGUGCCCUUUCAACUGUUCUGCAAUGGAUCUCAGUGUCAGGCGAGGUGAUGAAGAGGAAGAAGAGGGAAGUGAGCAGAGUGCAGUGAACAAUGGUUCAUUGACCUCUGAGGAGGCUGUGGAGGAGCAGGAGGAUAGAGUAGCUCAGGAGACUAUAGAGGGAGAAAGUGGAGGAGAAAACUCCACUGCUGUUAUGGAUCUCUCGUCCAGUGUCCCAGCAUCUAAUAAGAGACUCAGAGAAGGUGAAGAUGACUCUGAGGUACCUGGUGAGUGUGAUGCUCCACCUACUUCUCGACCCCGGCUGACUGCCACCCCUGAAGCCAGUAACACUGCCAAUCAUGUCAAUGACACCCACCAAUCAUCUUCGGACUUGACCGAUGACACCCCAAAGGUGAAUGGCAUCAGCAACGGGUACGAGAGUGACAGCAACGGCAUCAAUGAUGUCAACGACGAUGACGACAAAAUGCCACCGGUGCCACCCAUCAAGGAGCUGAGCCCAGAGGAGCUGGCAGAGAAGAUGAAGCUGGUUCAUCGACUCCAGGUAGAGCUUCGCAAUGAGGAGAUGAAGCUGGUACUCCUCAAGAAGGUCAGGCAGUCCCAGGUGAUGAAGGAGAAUGUGAGUGCAACUGCCAAUGAUGCCAAGACUGCAUUGACGAAGCUUCCGUCUAAUACUACGGCCACUAAGCUGCCUCCCUCACAACCUCCACCUCUCAUUAAACAUGACUUGGGUGCCAAGGCAUCAUCAUCGGCUAUACCCGCACAUAUUAAGGCAUCACGCGAAUAUAAACAGCAGAUAAAGAAUAUGACGUCUGCGGCCUCUGCAGAUGCUUUAUCUCCAAGUGCACUACAGGCCCAAAAGCAUCUCCUGGCCAGAGGUCAGUGCACCACCUUAACCAGUACUGGUGGAGGUAAUGGUUCCAGCAACAGUAGUAGCAAGUCCAGUAAUGGAGGUAGCAGUGGCAGUUCCAGCAAUUUGUUGACGGGGCUACCACCCAAUCUAAAUCUUCCAUUCAACCUGUCCCGUGAAGUGGAGAUCAUUCGCAAAGAUUCUCCAGCAUCGUCGUCAUCCCCCGGCCCAGGGCCUUUGGACUCUCCCUCCCAGGUGUCCAUCUCCAAGGUGCGGACGUCUACCCCUCACCCCACACAUCCAUCAGCCGACCGUGCCCUCAUAAAGCCUGUGAGCAGCAGUGGCAGCAGUAGUAGCAGCAACAACAGCAGAAUGGAGGACACUCACACACCUGCCCAACGGCAAGCAGCGGCCCGUCUGGCUCUCCGGAAACAGUUAGAGAAGACGCUGCUCAGGAUUCCACCACCCAAACCACCACCGCCAGAGAUGCACUUCAUCCCAAAUCCAAACAACACAGAAUUUAUAUACUUGUUGGGCCUUGAGCAGUGUGUGGAACACAUUCUCUUGAACGGCAAAAUGUCAGAUCCCCACCCAACACCCUUCAUCUGUACGCAGUGUGGCACUGACUUUACCCCAGCAUGGAAAUGGGAUAAGGCUUCACUUAAGUCUAAGGUCAAGGGUGAGAAUGGUAGGGAUGUGAAGGUGGUGUGUGAGUUGUGUGUUACAACCAACAUCAAACAAGCACUCAAGCAGGAGCACACAAACCGCCUGAAAGCCGCAUUCGUGAAAGCAUUACAGCAGGAACAAGAGAUUGAGGCCCGUAUGGCGCAGGUAUGGGCUCAUAAGGCCCAGAGACAUUACCGGAGAGAGACCCACAAAAGUUCUACGGUCCCAAAUGUAUACGACCGAGAGGAACGCCGCAGAUCGGGUGGCAUGGCUGAUACAAGUGACUUCUUGACUGUAGGAGGGAGGGGGUCAUCAUCUUCAGUGGUCAUCUUACAACGUCAGGCAUCACCACAACCAGAUAUGUCCAGUGCGUCAGUAUCUAUGACUCCCGUCACAGCAUCAAUACCAUCACCAUCUGCACGACUACCUGCUAGUGUGUCGGUGACUGCAGUGAAGUCAGAUUAUGGACAUGGCUGUCGAAGCUCUAGCCAUCGCUCAUCACCCUCCGUGGCAGCACAACUCCAGUUGCAGCGUGAACGUGAGAGACAAAAAGAAAGGGAAAGAGAGAAGGAAAGAGAAAGAGAAAGGGAGAUGCGUGAGAGAGAACGUGAAAAGGAAAGGGAGAGAGAACGAGAGCGGGAAAGGGAGCGCGAGCGUGAACGUGAAAGGGAGCAACGUGAGAAGGAGAGGCAUCAGCGAGAGAAGGAACAGCGGGAGAGGGAGCAACGUGAGAGGGAACAAAGGGAAAAGGAAAUGUUUUUGCCACCGGGUCUAACAAAACAGCAAAAGGAACAGUACUUGCAAAGCAUGACUGCAGCUGCUGCAAUGGCUGCUGCAAUGUCCAACCCUGCUGCACUGCAACAGUUACAGGCAGCUCAACAACAAAUGCUAAGAAUGCAGGGAUUAAGUAGUGCAGCAGCUGCUGCAGCAGCAGCUGCUGCUGCUUCUCAACAAAUACCUGCUCACAUGCUAGCUCCCUAUUUACUUGGACCAUACAAUCCAUUUGGUCUUGGUCAACUGCAACAAUUGAUGGCUGCAACAGCUCAGCUAGGAGUCCCCACUUCCUCAGCUCCCUCAACUUCCAGCAGUAGUAAUAGCAGCAGCAGUAACAGUAGCAAAAGUUUAGCUCAACAACAGCAGCAAGAGAUAAUGCGCCAAGCAGCAGAGGUUCAUCGUCAGUACCUAUUGGAUAUGAUACCAUCAGGUGGCCUGCACAGCCAGCAGUCCCACUCUAAAUGGAAGAGCUGAUGGGCAGGCGCCUGGCCAGCCUCCCUGUCAUCAGCCCUCACCAGCCUCUGCCAGCACUGCUGAUGGGACAAUGCUGCUGCUGGUGUACAGUGGGACAAAAGGACCCUCAGUGACAGUGACUCAAGUGUGUUCAGCCUAGCUAUGGCCUGCCCACCUGCUAUAGUGUUGUGCCUCGGCCGCAGCUGGGCCAUGCUGCACCUGGGGUUCCUAGUCACAUUAGGAUAAGGAAGCUCUCUGUGAUGUGACCAGUGAGUGAGGGGUACUGUUGGUCUGAUGGCUAACCCUCGACCCUAGCGUAACCAGCCAUGUUGGUCGCCCCGUAGCAAUGUCCAGCAGUGCCAGUUGGCCGCUCAGACCAGAGGAGUUGUAUGGAGAGUUUCAGACACUGGAUGAAAGCGCAUCAUUCACAGAAACCUGAGACAGCAAGAAGGUAGCCUGACUCCUGGACUACUGGCAACAAUAGGCAACCUUCCGCAGUGAACUAUAGUGAAUGACAGUUAUGGUAUUACAUGACCACAUCCCUAAUUUAUUUCUGUUGUCAUUUGUUGUCCAUUACGGUGCAAGGGAAUAUCUUUUCUUCACCAAUAAUCUGUAUUGUUACAUAGUUGUAGGGUGUCAUGAGACACUGAGCAAAGUGCCCAGCACAAUUCUUGCUCUGCAUGUCUCUUGGCUGCAUCUAUGGGUCUCGCAUGGUCUAGUUUCAUUAGAGUAAUAGUGACACAAUGGUAAUGCAACAAACCAAGGUACUUUCCCUGCACUGAUCAUUUGUUCUUCAUGUGAUAUGUUGUGUUUGUUUCAACCUUUGUUCAGCACAAGGGUGGGCAGAUUCGCACAAACUGACCAGUGUGCUGUUCUGAACCAGUCUCCAUAUUGUUGAGCAGCCAACAUCCAUGUGAUUGGGAUCAAGUAAUCUCAUUCAGGCAGUUGUCUGCUGUGACUUCGGCGAGGCUUAUCCAGGAACCGGGCUCCCCUCCCAGAGUAAGUUUCAGUUGUCAGUGGGCUUGAAAACAUCCAUACUACUUGCCUGAUAAAUGCCAGUAGGUCACAGACAGUUUACCAGAAGCUGUAAGCAUUUAUUAAAUUAUAUUUUAUGAGAUGAGUUAUGUAUAAAGUCUUCAUUGGAUGCACUUUAAUGCAAAGUAAUGGCAUCUUAACUAUUUUCUGUUAAAUGUUUCAUAAUAUGGUAUUCAAGUAAGGCUUCAGUUAAAAGUUUUAUUUACUUUGUAAUAUAAAAUUUGAGCAAGGUUAUGAGAAACUAUCACAUGGGAUUUUUUAAAAUAUAUAUAUAUAUUAUAUAUUUUUUUUUAUUGAAUGAUAUUAGGGGUGUUUGGUUGAUGUAUGAGGGCCCUGGUUUCUGGCCUCGCCAUUACCCAGGGGAUUCCAGUUAUCUGUUCAAUUCUAUUAUAAUUGUCAUCACUCCCGUUUUCAUAGCCAUGGCUGAGUUUCAGAUUCAUGUAGGCUAGUGUUUUCACUUCAUAAGUAAGAUAAUAGGGCCUUUUUCAAUAAAGAAGAUCUGAAAAAUCUAA